UUCAAAAGUUUGGAUUGUUUGGCCCGAGAGAAAAAAAGCUUAUUUAUGUACAAUGGAUGAAACAAGAGAGGAGUUGGAUCGUACCUUGGCCCGUUUGGAGGCUGUUUGGGACGACAUUGGUCUGAACGAAGAACAGCGCAAGGAACGGCGUCAUCAUUUUAAUGGUCACAUUGUAAAUUUGUGUGAAAAAAUAAUUGAUGAUGAAACGGCUUUAAAAACAAGAAUCACAAACAACAUCGAACGUAAUACUCAGGAGAUCCUAAAACUAAGUGAGGGUCUUGGAGUAGUCCCAGAGGAUGCUGUGGAUGGUCUGACGUUACUAGACCUGGACACAUUACUUCAAGAAAGAGUGGAUCACCUUCUACAGCUCAAGGAACAACGGAUGGACACUCUCAAGCUUUUGCAAGAAAAGGACGAAGGAAUCUGUGAAUUACUUUGUGAAACUCCAUAUUACAUUCCUGCUGGCUUGAUCCCAUCACUUGAAGAUAUAAAGAGUGUUGAAGAUCAUGUGAAGACAAUGGAAACAGAGAAGGAAGAACGAGAGAAGAAUUUUCGGACUUUGAAGGCGGGAAUACUGAAAUUCCUGGAGCUUUUAGAACAGCCACCGGAAGAUUCCUUCUGCCAAGAUAUCAUUUGCUCCGAGGAUGAUGAUUUCCCCCUGGGAAAGGCAUAUUUGCAGCAGAUGAGGGGUGUUCACAGUGACCUUGAGUUCCGCGUCCACGAAUGCGAGGUGAAAUCGUUAGAGCUUCGUGAGAAAAUCAGCUGGCUGUGGAUUGCCUUAGAAAUAUCAGUAGAAGAACAGCAGGCGUUCCUCUCCACGGCACCUAAGCACACACCAUCCAAUAUUGCAAAGCUGGAGGAAGAGCUGGAGAAACUCAAGUUGUUGCGCCUUCAAAAUUUGUCGGUAUUCAUAGAGAAGCUUCAAGAAGAACUAGCUACUUGGUGGGAGAGGUGCUAUGUUGGAGAGGAGGAGAGGAAGAAGUUUCUGGAUCAGCAGCCAGAUGAUGCAAGUGAAGAAGUUUUAGAUGCUUAUGAAAAUGAAGUUCGUAAGUGGAAGCAGCACUAUGAAGCCAAUAAGGAUAUUUAUAUACUGGCUACACAAUUUAUGGACCUUUAUAACCACAUGUUGGAGUUAGAGGAACGGGCCAAGGAUCCCAGCCGUCUUUUCAACACAAGAGGGGGGGCGCUGCUGCUUGAAGAAAAGGCCAAGAAGAAAGUGAGGACUGAGCUCCCAAGAGUCCAAGAGAGUUUGCUUGAAAGUGGCAGAAUUUGGGCUGAGCAGGAGGGAAGAUCCUUCCACAUUAAUGGUGUGCCUUUGGAAGAUUAUAUUAGAGUGCUGUGGGAAAACUAUGAUAUGAAGAAAGAAGCAGAAAAGACUAAAAGACAAGUAAAAGGGCCUCAAGAGGUUAAACGUCCAGGUUUACAUAACCCCAAAACUCCAGCUGGACUCACAGCCAGUAAGAAAAGAUGCCGUGAAGGUGAAGAUACAGCAAGCACAAAGAAGAUGAAACCUGGGGUAUCACUGUUUAAGUCACCUUCAAAAUCAACACUCCGCUCACCCACAAAGACACCGAGAACCAGACCCCUAACAGAGCGCAAUGGCCAGCUCUGUCCUCCACCAGUCUCAUCCACUGACACAAGCCUACAUUCCACCAUCUCAUACGAUAAGUUUGAAGCUGGUAUUGAUGAAAGGUGUAAUGAAGAAAUAAUUCACUCGUCACUCAUGGAUGACCCAUCUUCUGAAAAAAGUCCCCCGCCAGAAGAUCAGAUGAGAGUUCGAAGAUUGAAGGAAACCCUCAAUCUUGCGUCUCCGCACAAAGCACAUGCACGAGGCAAACAGGCCCCUUGGAAGUCUGGAUUCCCCCCGUGCAAGGGCACACUGAGACGAGUGGCUUCCCAACCAUCUUUGCAUCUGAAACAAGGAGCACUGGCUCGACAUGGCAAACCACUCUUUCAUAAAGUAUUUAGCAAUAAGGCACAUCCAGUCCACUUCCUUAUUUAAUUUAAACAUUUCCUUUGGUAAAAACAGGGAUUUUUGCUGAAAUACCAUAGCAAAAGUUGAAUUGUAUAUUGUCUUGUAUAUUGUCAUAAUAUUUUGUUUUUAUAGUCUUCAUGAUUCUGUCUUUUCCUCAAAGAAUUAGGGGAUUCAUUAGAUAUGGCUCUAUUUGCUAAAAAUAUUUAUAAGAAACACCUCUUCAUUUAAGAUUAGUUUUUAAGAAAUUUCAAUUGUGUUUACAUUUCAUAGAUAUUUAUUUCUCUCAAAGAGUCGUUUAAGUUGUAUAUUUUGUAACUUCCUCUAAGUGAGUUGUGAACGCAUUACUUUUUUACAGAGGAAGUCCUCAGCAAGAGUGAUGUCUUUGUUUUCCAUGGGUUUGUCUAAAAUCAUGUGGUACAUUGUUUACAGCAACCAGGCCCACAUUGUGAAGACUUCCAUAACAGUGUCUUGAUUUUUCUUUCCACCUUCAGAUAUUUGCAGUCUGUAGAAUUUUAUUGCAUUAUUGACUAGUAUUGGUGAGAACUUGAUUAUUUUAUGCAUUGUGCGGGUUUAGAUGAGGUAUCGGGUAUUUUUUGUUUUCUGUUUUUUUGGCGUUCCUCUGCAUUGCUUAGUUUGAAAUAAAAAGUUCAGUAAUUUUAGAGAUGUAUGUGGUUAUUCUCAGUUGGAUAGAAUGCAUUAACUCCAUUCCUGUUAUCUUUAUAAUAUACUAUGAGUCUACAUGUUUAGUAUAUUUCUUGAUGCUAAUGAUUUAAGUUUCAUCAUACAAUUUUUUUUAUAAGAGGGACAGCUUGGUUUAAACUUUAUUCUUUCAUAUUCGUAGAAUAUUAUUUUACCAUAUAGUACAGGUUUUCUUCUAUAAAGUCAUAUCUGAAGCACUUUAUUGUGUUUUGAGGAGCAACUUUCUUCUAACUCCAGGAUAAUUUUGUUAAUGUAUGCUUUCAGUUAUGGUUCCUUGUUUAUGCUUUGUAUUCAAGAUGAGAAUUAACCAUUGAAAGUUACUCUAGAGCAUAAUAUUUUAAAAGAAUUGACUGUGUUAAAUGUACGAGUACAUUGUCUUCCUCAGCUUUGAAUAUACAGGAAAAUAGAGUGCUUAUGGGUAUGAAAUAAUGAAUGCUUUUCAUUUGAAGUACAAUAACAUUUCAGGAAAGAAUACUUUUUAUUGAUGACUGCAUAAUACCAGAUAUAAUGGCUGUUUUGAAAGUGUAUACUGAUUGAAUGAAUAAAUUUUUAACAACA